AUGAACUCUACACUAAACCACGUCCGUGAUGUCUGGGAUGCGCAACGCGCCAAAAGCCCUAUCUACGCCCUCCUACUAGACACUAUCACAAUCACCGACGCCUCGCCGGGGACCAUCCACGCCAGUUUGCGAGUAACUGAUAACCACACCAAUUCCAAAGGGGGCCUACAUGGCACGCUAUCCGCGUGUGUCGUCGACUGGGCAGCGGGGAUGGCCAUCGCGUCGCACGGCGCCAGUUAUACUGGCGUGAGCACUGAUUUGCAUGUCUCGUAUCUCUCGUCGGCGACGCAGGGGGAGGUUCUGGAAAUUACAGGGCGGGCGCUGAAAGUUGGGGGAACGCUGGCGUUCGUAUCGGUGGAGAUUGAGAAGGUCAAGGAAAAUGGGGACCGUGUGAUGGUUGCGACGGGGUUGCAUACGAACGACCCCGUAACGACCUUCUGGGACGCCCUCCCGGACGACGCAGGCAUAUACCGCGAGACCAUCACCGUGGCAUCUGACAGAACGCAAUACGCUACAAACAAGCCCCAGAACAUCGGGAUGGGGUGUCUGGGACCCUGUGCGCCCCUUGUGGAUAAAACUGGGUAUUGGGGGUGCUAUUAUCACCGUAUACCUGCGAUCGCAUCUGCUACUGGUCCCGAAGGAAGGCUUCCUAGUCCGUUGAAGGGGGCGCCGCGGAGGAGGGAGGACACGAGGGAUAUAAGACAUGGUCGAGUGCGUCUGACCCGUUUUCCGGAGAAUCUGUGCUUCGUGGUCGAAGGCCAAGAUCAUUCGGGUCUUACGGAUGUGGAACGGGAAACGUGGUUUGGGAAGUUUGAUGCGUCUGCUACGGGAUGGUUGAGUGAGUUACAGUCUGCGGGCUCGGAGACGGGGCUUUUGGAUAAGCGAAUGUGUUAUGACCCGCGCAGUGGGAGGUUUCGGGAUGGGGAGCCCGAGGAGUUCGGUUAUAAUCGCAAGGUGCAGCUGUUCUAUUUUCUGGAUAUGGAGUGUAUGGAGCGCAUGGGGAGGAUGAGUAAAGUGCAUGUGCGGCUUAGGAAGGACUUUUUGAGGGCUUAUGGGCCUGGUGGGGAGUUGGCAGAGACUGGGGGUAUUUGCUUGUGGGUGGAGACGAGUAUUUUGAAAGCUGGGGGGUUGGAUUGUGAGUAUGUUGGGUGUUGGGAUGGGACGGGGUUGAUGGGUUAUGAGUGGGAUUCUGCUUAG